CAGGAGAGUUGAGCCACUAGGAUACUGUUCCUGGGCUCAGAACCAAGCCAAGAGCUGGUCAGUGGCGCGAAGGUUCUCGGAUCCUCUGGGGCACAGGGUGUGACCAGAAUCCAGGCCAUGACCAGCAGAGGAGCCGCUCGGCCGAAUGGUCAGUCCCAAGCUAGUAAAAUCUGUCAGUUUAAGCUGGUGCUGCUGGGCGAGUCCGCGGUGGGGAAGUCCAGUCUGGUGCUGCGCUUCGUCAAGGGUCAGUUCCACGAAUACCAGGAGAGCACCAUUGGGGCGGCGUUUCUCACACAGUCUGUCUGCCUGGAUGACACAACAGUCAAAUUUGAGAUCUGGGACACGGCUGGCCAGGAGCGAUAUCACAGUCUGGCCCCAAUGUAUUACCGGGGGGCACAAGCUGCCAUUGUGGUCUAUGACAUCACCAACCAGGAAACAUUUGCCCGAGCGAAGACAUGGGUGAAAGAGCUGCAGCGGCAAGCCAGCCCCAACAUUGUCAUAGCCCUAGCAGGCAACAAGGCCGACCUCGCCAACAAGCGCAUGGUAGAAUAUGAAGAGGCACAAGCUUAUGCAGAUGACAACAGCCUAUUGUUCAUGGAGACGUCGGCCAAGACAGCGAUGAAUGUUAAUGAUCUCUUCCUGGCGAUAGCCAAGAAGCUGCCAAAGAGCGAGCCCCAGAGCACGGGUGGCAUGGCGGGACGGAACCGAGGAGUGGACCUCCACGAGCAGACCCAGCAGAACAAGAGCCAGUGUUGUAGCAACUGAAGGGUGGUGUUCGAGAGCGAGGCCGGCGCGAGACGACGAGCUAAGAGAGACCCUCCAUUCCCACCCCUGUCCACCACACUUCACCUCCCCUAACACCGGCGCACCGACCCCCGGCUGAACCGAAUCCCUCCCGGCGCCUCUAAUUGCACUUUUUAAUGCUUCAGAACCACCGCCAGACAUCUGUUCCCACCAGGCCAGUGACAGUGGAACCAGAUCGACCGGGGACUUAACUUCCAAAAAACAAACUCUUCACUUUGUAUUAUAGGUGCAAAUAGCUACCUAAUUCUGAUUGGUUCCCCAUCUCCUCCUCCCAGCUAACUCCUGCCACCUACCCACCCACCCCAUCUUUGCUUUGGUAAAUCUGUGUUCUCUGUCCCAUACCACCUGUCCUCUUCUACCGCCCCCCUUUAUUUAAUGCUGGGGGGAGGGGCCUAAAGGAGGUGGAAACUUAAUCCUUGUAGGUUUAUUUUAUGAAGAAUAAGUUGAAUGGGGACCUACAGAAAACACUGUUUUCUGAGGGUGUCUUUUGUGGGUUUACGCUUUAA